CGCGAGCGGACGUGAAAAACAAAAAAGCUUAAAAGCGAAGCAGCCCAAAACAGAGAACAAGAACCCAGCGCGUGCGUGCGUGCCAAGCGAAAAGUUAACUGUUGUCGCUUUCAACUACCAAGAUCGUAUUUCGCCAGCGGGCAAAUUACUAAAAAUAAGUGCAAUUUAGCAAUAUACUGUGACUGUGUGUUUUGCUGUGCUCUGUGUGUUUUUUUUUAUUAUUUUUUAUCGAAGACAAGAACUACUGAUAAAACGAGAUAAUUGUAUCUCACCAAACUUGUUCUCGCCGGAGCAGCAGCAGCAGCAGCCGCAGCAGAGAGCAAGUGCUCUUGUGCAAAUUGUCGAUUGUGGAAGGGAAAAACACACAAAGAAAAUCAGUCCGGUCUGUCGUCGUCUAUAAAGAAUAUCAUCGUCUCAAAGGGCAGCAGCCGCGAGUGGUUUAUCUAGAUGUCGUCGGGUCUUAUCUCGAGCUGUUUGUGAGGGUGUUUUCCAGUGAAUAUAAAAAGUAUAUAGAGUACAUACAAGUACAUAACAUAUAGUGUAGUGUGUCUGUGCCAAAGCUCAUCGUCGAGUCAGCAAACAGCUGUCGAGUGCCCUUGAGUGGGCGGCUUCGUGAUCAUCUGCGGGGUCGGAUAUAACUGCUCCGAUCCACUGUGACCAGUGUGCCAUUACAGCAAUUAUGACGGCCGAGACCCUCAAGCCGUUCAUCACGCCAACAAGUGCCGGCGAUGGUUUUCCGGCCAUGUCCACGAGUGCGGCAACUGCCCAGCGUCGCACCCGCCAGCUGGUCCCCAUUUUCUUGGGGGUCAUCGGUCUGGUGCUGGUUACCGGCAUCCUCGGUCUAACGAUCUGGCAGACAACGCGGGUAACGCAUCUGAGCAAAGAACUGAGGAGCCUAAAGCGAGUCGUCGACAAUCUCCAGCAGCGUUUGGGCAUCGAUUUUCUGGAGGAGUUUGAUGAGUUCCAGAAAGAGUACGAGAAUGCGCUCAUCGACUAUCCCAAAAAGCAGGAGGACUUCACGGAUGACGACGACAUGACUGACGACAUGACCGAGGACGAGGAUGAGGAUGCCAUGAACCCCCUUGACGACGAAGAUGAUAUGGAGGAUGGAAAUGUGGAUGGCACCGACGAGGAUGAAAACUAUACGGACGAGGAUGGCACAGAUUACGAGGACUACAACGAAAUGAUAACCAAGUUAAAUUCCAAGCUAACCACCGAGGAGGCGGCUGCCACCACGCCCACUUCGGAUCCCACCGAGGGCGGCGAUUCCAGUAGUGCCUCCAACGAUGACAAUGUCUUUGACGACUUUACUUCCUAUAAUGAUCGCAAGAAGAAGCAGGAAAGAAAAUCUCGCUCGAUUGCCGAUGUGCGUAAUGAGCAGCAGAUAGUCCAGGGAAAUCACACCACACAUACCGGCGAGAAGACAUCCGAUGAGCCCGUAACCAAGGAGAGCCCUCCCCACCACCACCGACGCAAAACGCUAACCCGAACGGGUCGCCAUCGCAUCCUGCCGCGCAAAGGUGAAUCUCUUAUUUCAGCCAGAUCCGGUGACUUGUUCGCCGCCUCCUCUUCAUCAAAGCCAGCCGCCCACUUCCAUUUGAGUAGCAGAAAGCCACACAACUGGCCUCCAAGCUACAAUGGUGACAUGUACAUUGGAAAUGCGCCGGAGGAGAGCAAAAGAUCCUGGCAGGGUCACUUCAGGGUCGAAGAUGGUGUACUCCAGGUGCUCGAGCCGGGCCUGUAUUACGUAUACGCCCAGAUCUGCUACCAUAACUCGCACGACCAGAACGGCUUUAUAGUCUUCCAGGGGCACAAAGCCUUCCUGCAGUGCCUGAACACAGUGCCCACCAAUAUGUCCCAGAAGGUGCACACCUGCCAUACCAGUGGACUCAUCAAUCUCGAUAAGGAUGAGACGAUUCACCUCAAAGAUAUCCACACCGAUCGCAAUGCCAUAUUGCGGGAAUCGAAUAACCGAAGCUACUUUGGCAUCUUCAAGGUGUAGAAACCAGAGACAGAUGUGGAAACGUUGCCAGUUUAAGCUUUAGUGAAUGCGAUUCAUCGCCAGCGUGUGGAUCCAUUAGUUCGUAGUGCCCUAGUCUUAGUCACACUCAUAACCUAAUCUCAAUCUGAAUCAGGCUCACUGCUAUGACGAAGCAGGAAUCGCAUGAAAAUCAUAUUUAUUUUGUAUAUAUAUUUCUAUAAAAAAAACGUGAAUAAAUGUCUAGUAUAACUUA